GGAGAACGCGGACGAGAAAGAGGUCUCCAUCGGGAACAUCGUUAGUCGCCCCGCCGCCUUUACAGACGGACGCUAAAGGACGAACUCCCCAGUCCGCUCUCUGUGCCUCCUUCUAAUCCUCAGUUCGGAGCCUGAAAGGGGCCACUCUGACCUCAGCCCUAAACUAGACAUGAGCCAGGUCCAGCGUCGGAAUGGGAGCUGCGUUGGCAACUGCAGUCGGGCGGACAUGGUGCCCGAGAUCGCCGCUGCUGUGGGCUUCGUGUCCAGCUUGCUCCGAACCCGGGGCUGCGUCAGCGAGCAGCAGCUUCAGGUUUUCAGCGGUGCCCUCGAAGAGGCGCUCAAAGAGCAUUACAAACAUCACUGGUUUCCUGAGAAACCCUUCAAAGGCUCUGGCUACCGCUGUAUCCGUAUCAACCAUAAAAUGGACCCUAUCAUCAGCAAGGCAGCUAGCCAGAUUGGACUCAGCCUCCAGCAGUUAUACCAGCUGCUUCCCAGUGAACUCACACUCUGGGUAGACCCUUUUGAGGUUUCCUACCGGAUUGGUGAGGAUGGAUCCAUCUGUGUUCUCUAUGAGGGAUCUGCAGCGCCUGUGAGCUCCUAUGGGAUGCUCACUUGCAAAAAUCAGAUGAUGCUGGGGCGCACCAGCCCUUCCAAAGGCUACAUGAUGACAGUCUCCAGCUAAACACUCCCAGUUGUCUUUACACUGCCAAGACAUGGGCUACUGUAUACCUCACCCGAGGAUGUAUUUUUUAAAAAAUGAAGAGCUAUUUAUAUUUUUUUAAAAAAGAGAAAAUCCAAAAUGAAAUCCAAUAGCAGGCACCACUCUUUUUGUGGAGUGGUGUUGAGGUGCCUUUUUAAAGCUGUUGCAAGCUUGUGAGUUUAUUAAAAAAAUGCCAAUAUCUACCUAAUUAGUGUUGGAUGACAAUUCUGGAGGGUUGGCCUGCCUACCUGGGAAACUGCAGGGUUGGACACAGAAGUACAGGGGGAGGGACAGGGCACAGCACUUUUAAGCAGUGACUCACUCUGGAGAAGUGCUACAACAACUGUGAAUCUCAAGGCCAGAAUGCCAGGAUGGUAGUACUUAAGCAAUGAACCAUAAUAUGCUGAUUGGGAUGUUGCAAGCUUAUUCUAGCAUUGCCUGUUCGUUUCUACAAAAGUUGCCUUCUCCUUUUUUUUUUACACUAAUACAAGUUUCACCUGCUAUCCCUGUCUGAGUAACUCUUCCCUUCCCCAAGGCAUCAAUGUUUGCUAAAACACCCAGUCACAACUGUAGCCACAUUUUCAGACCAUUGGAUGGUGGGGGUUUCAAGUUUUAGCCCAUCACUUUGCACAAGAAUUUGAUUUCCUUCUGCACCUCAUCCUGUUCUUCAUGUUCAUGCAAAAUUCCCAGUUGGCAUUGUGAAACAGGAAGGAACUUUGCUUGGCAGGCAGGUCCAGGAUCGGGUCCAUCUAUCUCAGUGCAAUUCUAAACAGAGCCACACCAUUCAAAGUCUAAUGGGCUUAGGCUAGUGUAACACUACUCAGGAUUACACUGGUUACUCCAGAAAUCAGCUCCCAGAUUCAGAAAUAAAAUGGCCAGGCCAAUAGGAACUUAAUCUACCUGCUUGGAAAAUGCCCACUGGGUUUUGUCUAUUACACUGCCUUUAUCUUGGCCUUGCAAAAUUCCCGACAAUGCUGCCAAUAAAUGCUGAGAAGCAAUUACAGAAAUAGGGCACUUAACUUUUUAAAGUCUGCUUCUGAGCACAGGGUUGGUUUGGCUUUUCUCCUGUUCUGAAGAGACAACUGCUUUGCACCCCUUGCCUAGAGCUGCUUCUCCUACUUUUUGUGAAUUGAGUUCUCAGACACUGUGCAAUAUGUUUCAUAAACCUUGGGCACUCUGGAGGAGGAGAUUCUCUGGGAUGGUUUUGGUUGUCAAAGCAUCUGUAAUUAAAAACAUUUCUCAUACAACUCUUCAACUAUUUGCUCUUAGAUGCAUGAAUGUCUGAACUGGGAAAUCUCAGUACCAAACAGCAUGCCAUUUAAGAGGUAUGAUGGCCUUCUGUAUAGAAUAGUUUAAAACUUUUUUUAACGGCGUGAUCUGUCAGGAUUUUCUUUUGUGCAACCAUUGAGAUGAAUGGAAGCUUCACAAGACCAUUGACUGUAUCCUUAUAAUGUUCCUAUUCAUAUCAGUGCUUGUGCGGGAGAAGUUCUGGUGCAUUGUACCCCAGAUCUCGUAACUUGCAAAAUUUGAAAGUGCAGAAGUGAAUUAUUGUGUUGGUUUUGUAUAUGAUGAUCUUGUUUCGAAGAGUAGAACCAUUAGUCAGGAAAGGGUGUGAAGCCUAAAGGGUCCCCUAUAAGCUAAAAAAGUGUCUCCACUCCGUUAGCAUAAUUGUGCAAUAUUUGGUGACACAUUAAGGGGAACACUUUCUGCACUGUAGCUUCCCCCUCUCAGAAACGUUUGUGUUCCAAGUCUGCCUGGGAGCCUUGUUGCUUAUCUGGUGCAUAGAAAACGUGGCAUGAGUGGCAAGUUACUAUGUUCAGAAAAGUGUUUCUUUUGCUACACUCCCUGCGUCUACUUGGAAUUUCCCAAAUGCCAGUACUUGUUUGGCUUGCCAGGUUGGCAUGAUUAACGCAACUCUGUUUAAAGGUAUCUUGACAUUUCCUUUUACUCCCUCCAUACCAACUAAGGGUGCUUGUAAAAACCAAAUACUUAUUCCAUCUCAUUUGUUUUCCACCUCAGUGUCCUUGAAAGGUUGAUGGGGGAAACAGUAACGGUUACCAAAUAGCGUACUCUUGUACCUGGCAUAGAAUCUAGUAUUAUGAUGUUUUCGUUAGCCUUAACCAACCAAAUUUGGACAGGAACUGUUUUGUAAUUUGUGCAUGUAAAAGCUGUGAAUUGAUGUAUGCUCUUUGUUGCCUUCUAAUGACAAGCCCGACACAACCUGUUGCAGUGCUGAAAAACUGUGUCUUAGGAACAGCCUUUGAGUAUGAGUGUGUCUUUCUCCCCCUCUCUUUUUCAAAAAAGUUUGCAAAACUUGAGCUGGACUGUUGAGUGGGACCUACUUUCAUAAUUGGUGAAAAUAAUUGAAAAGUUUGUAAGCUAUUUUGUGUUGGGAGCUGGGAGGGGAGGGCUAAGCAUUGUACAAUAGUGUUUUUAUAUUCAAAUUGUACAGAUAUAUUGAUAAAUGUACACUUUUGUUACUUUAAUAAAAAUGUAGCAAUUUAAACAUG